AUGUGUCGAAGCAAAAACGUGUCUCUAGUCCAAGAGGACUCUGACACGGAUUCAGAGGACACGUACGGCAUUAGCUCUGUUUCCAAGAAUAAAAAGAAGAAAGGUUCUCGGGCAAAAGCAGCAGUGAGUGACAAAAUUGCACAUUAGUAAACAAAAGAAUGAGAACAAUGUUGAGAUUCAGUUGGACACAGGGGCCCAGUGCAACAUUCUUCCUACUGAGACAUAUGUAAAGGUCACAGGAGAUACUGAGCUGUAGUUAAGCUGUGUAAGAAAGAGAUUGUAUUAUACACUGGAGAGCGACGCAACAUAACUGGAAAGGUCAUACUUCCUGUAUGGCAUGCUGGGGAAAAGCAACUGAUCAAGUUCAAUAUCAUUGAUGGUGACUGACGACCAAUUCAGUCUCUAGAUACCAGCCUACAGUAGCUUUGGGUAUUCUAAACCUGCGACAUUGUGACAUAUCUGGGUAUCCAAUCCCCUAAAGACCCAGCAAGUGAACACAAGGACAAACCUGCGACAUUGUGACAUAUCUGGGUAUCCAAUCCCCUAAAGAUGUUUGAUGGUUCAUUAGGUAAAAUACCAGACACAUACAAGAUUGUGAUUGACAGUACAGUUCAACCUGUAGUCCACCCUCCACGACGAGUGCAUGCCAGUGGCCCUGCGUCCACGUAUAAAAUCGGAACUGGGAUAAGUUAGUUGAACGUGAAGUGAUCGUUCCAGUGACCAAACCAGCACAGUCAAGCAUGUUAGCUGUAGUAAAACCAAACAAAAUCAGGAUCUGCAUAAAUCCACGUGAUCUUAACCGUGCAAUACAUUAUCAAUAGAUGAUUCCAGUUACAGACUUAAUUUUGAGCUCGGCAAGUAGAACGAAAUCCAUCAGCACAGCUAGAAAGAGCAUGUUAAAAUUAGUAAAAUUGCAAAGAUUGGUUGCGAAAUGUUGUAAAAUGGAAAAAAUAUAGCCCUGCGAAAUUUGCAAAUUUUGUAUUAAUUUGUAUUAUAUACGCACGGGAAAAUGCACCACUUUCGGCCCAAAUGUACUGCAUUUUCCCGCGCGUAAUACAAAUUAAUACAAAAUUUGCAAAUUUCGCAGGGCUAUAUUUUCCGCAUUUUACAACAUUUCGCGGCCAAACGUUGCAAUUUUACUUAUUUGAACAUGCUCUUUCUAUAGCUGUGGUGAUGGAUUUUGUUCUUCUUGCCCAGAUCAAAAUUUAGUCUAUAACUGGAAUCAUCCAUUGCCCACUGUAGAAGAAGUGACUACCCGGUUAACAGGGGCAAAGAAGUUUACAGUUUGCGAUGCAAAAGAUGGAUUCCAUCAAGUACAACUCGACUCAAGUUAUCUGACCACAUUUAACACUCCCUUUGGUAGGUUUCGGUGGAUCGAUUGCCAUUUGGAAUUUCGAGUGCUCCCAAGGUUUGGCAGCGUCGUACGCACGAGUUUGUAGAAGGUUUAGAAGGUGUCGAAGUAUUAAUUGCGCCACAUUUAACACUCCCUUUGGUAGGUUUCAGUGGAUCGAUUGCCAUUUGGAAUUUCGAGUGCUCCCAAGGUUUGGCAGCGUCGUAUGCACGAGUUUGUAGAAGGUUUAGAAGGUGUCGAAGUAUUAAUUGCGGACGACUAUCUCAUUGCUCUUUUUGACUUUUGGGAAUACUGA